UUCCCAGGCUGGCAGCACGCAGGGAGGGAGCUAGUGAGCUGUCAGCAAUGGGUCAGCAUGCUGGCAGCCUGGCAGGGGCACAUCACCAGUGACUGGCAGGACUGUAGUGUCUGUGACUGCUGCUCCCAGUGCUCCCACCAUCAUCGUCCAGGGGGGCUGCAGCUGCGAGCAGAGCUGCAAGUUGCCGGAGCUCCUCCCCCCUCCCUCCGCACCGUGUGACAACAACAACCCGUCCAGCACAGAGCGGCAGCAGCCAGCAGCACCUCUCAUUCUCUCUGUCACUCCUGCAGCUCCAUCUCUGCUCCAUGUGCUGCCAGAGAGAGCCCGGCUCCUGCCAGCCGCCUCCUCCUCCUCACCCUCCUCUGCCAACUCUGUGCUAGGCUCAGCCCGUGCGAGAGAGUGCCCCCUGCUCCGGUCCUAUCCUGCGGGGACACAGGGGUUAAGUCCUCUCCCAAGAUAACCACUUUGGCAGCAGGAGAGCUUUUGUUCCACUCACCUAUGUAUAUGUAGCUUUCUUCUUCUUCUUCUGCAACUUUUCCCAGCGUUGCAGCAUUCAUUCCUAUUACUCUGGGAGGAAGUCGUAUGUGACCAUGGCCGUGCCGGCUGCACUGAUCCCACCGACUCAGCUGGUGAGCCCUCAGGCAGUGAUCCCCACGUCUGCUCCCUCCUCGUCCACCAACUCGUCCUCUUCUUCCCCUGUUCCCUCUGUCGCCCCUUCUUCCUCCGGACCAAGCCUGUACCGGCCGGAGCCAAUUGCAGCCACCACGGUGACAUCCAGCAUCAGCAGCCCGGCUGCCACCAACAUCAGCAUCUCCAACAGCGGCAACCCAGGGACAGCAGUUGGUGCCGGCAACAGCAGCAGCAACAGCCCCAGCCUGGCCACUAGCAGCAGCCUCAGCCACCAUCACAACCUUAUCCCUAACACUCCAACCACCUCCAGCAGCACCACAUCCACCUCUACCUGCAGCAGCAACAGUGUUCCCAGCACAAACCUGCCAGGGAAACCUGUCUACUCCACCCCAUCCCCUGUGGAGAACAUCCCUCAGAACAAUGAGUGCAGGAUGGUGGACCUGAGAGGUGCCAAGGUGGCCUCAUUCACAGUGGAGGGCUGCGAGCUCAUCUGUUUGCCCCAGGCGUUUGACCUAUUCCUGAAGCAUUUAGUUGGGGGGCUGCACACUGUCUACACCAAGCUGAAGAGGCUGGAGAUCACCCCAGUAGUGUGCAAUGUGGAGCAGGUCCGGAUCUUGAGAGGAUUGGGGGCCAUCCAGCCAGGGGUCAACCGCUGCAAACUCAUUUCCAGAAAGGAUUUUGAAACCUUGUACAACGACUGCACCAAUGCCAGCUCCAGACCGGGAAGGCCCCCUAAGAGAACACAGAGUGUGACCUCACCAGAGAACCCGCAUAUUAUGCCUCACAGUGUGCCUGGCCUAAUGUCUCCUGGGAUGAUGCCACCCACAGGUUUAACGGCAGCAGCUGCAGCGGCUGCUGCUGCUACCAACGCAGCCAUAGCUGAAGCAAUGAAGGUUAAAAAAAUCAAAUUAGAAGCUAUGAGCAACUACCAUGGCAGCAAUACACAGCACGGAGCAGACUCUGACAAUGGUGAUCUCAAUUCCAGUGUUGAUUGUCAUCCCCACAUCAUACAGAUGCAGCAACAAAUGCUCUAUCGGUGGAUCUGUAGUGCUGAGGUGGAGGAGUCUCAAACAUCAAACAGGAGCAGUGAUGGUUCUUGGGAGAAAGAAAAACUUCAGUCUCUCCCUACCCAAGGAUCACAAACCUCUGUUAACCAUCCCAGCUUGCCUGGACAGCAUAAUCUUCCAGUUACUCAUCCUCUCAACUCUCUGCAACAGAAUCACCUGCUGCCAAAUGGUCUGGAACUUCCAUUUAUGAUGAUGCCACACCCACUAAUUCCUGUUAGCCUACCUCCAGCUUCUGUAACCAUGGCAAUGAGCCAGAUGAACCACCUCAGUACAAUCGCAAACAUGGCUGCCGCUGCACAAGUACAAAGUCCGCCAUCCAGGGUUGAAACUUCUGUAAUUAAGGAACGGGUUCCAGACAGUCCAUCCCCUGUACCUUCCCUGGAAGAUGGACGAAGACCGGGCAGUCAUCCGUCUUCUCACAGGAGCAGCAGCGUUUCUAGUUCACCAGCCAGGACUGAAAGCUCUUCAGACAGAAUUCCUAUCCAUCAAAACGGCCUCUCGAUGAACCAAAUGCUGAUGGGUCUGUCUCCAAACAUUAUACCUGGUCCAAAAGAAGGUGAUCUUGCUGGUCAUGAAGCUGGACAUGAGGCAAAGAGGAUACAUAUGGAAAAAGAUGAGAUCCAGCUCUCGACACCAACUGCGAGAGACAGCUUUGACAAACUCUCCCUGUCAGGACAUGGACAACCACUACCUCCUGGUUUUCCUUCCCCCUUUCUUUUUCCUGAUGGGCUGUCUUCUAUAGAGACACUUUUGACUAAUAUCCAGCGUCGCGAUUCAGCUCUAUCCAUCUACUGGCUUCAGGGUUUGUUAAAAGUUGCCAUAGAUAAUGCAAGAGCUCAAGAAAAACAGGUACAAAUGGAAAAGACCGAAUUGAAGAUGGAACUGUUCAGGGAACGAGAACUGAGGGAAACUCUAGAAAAACAAUUAGCAGUAGAACAAAAGAACAGAGCAAUAAUUCAAAAAAGACUUAAGAAAGAAAAGAAGGCAAAACGAAAAUUGCAGGAAGCUUUAGAAUUUGAGACAAAAAGGAGGGAGCAAGCUGAGCAGGCAUUGAAACAAGCAGCAUCUUCAGAAGGCCUCAGGGUCCUAAAUGAAGCUCUGACCCCAGAAAUAGAAUCUGACCGCAAUGGGGCCAGAACAGAUGCUGAAAGGACAAUACAAGAUGGAAGACUCUAUUUAAAGACCAGUGUAAUGUACUGAAGAUACAACAGAAGGUUCCGUGGGAGCAUAAUGUAGACUCAUUGGAAUGUCUGAAGGAUGUAAAUUCUGACAGUAUUCUCUCCACUCGCCUACCAAUGUUCUUCAAGCAUACUGUAUUGUCAGGCUUGCAGCCUGUGACUACUAGAGAGUCUGAAAGGUUUUGUAACUGUGUCAGUGGCCCUUCACUUGUUGGAUUUCGUGCAAGAUGCUGCUGCAAUUCUGUAGACACUGUAAUUAUCAACAAACAAGACCCACUGUACUUCUUUUUUUAAAGGAACUUGUCAGACAUUUCUAUAAUUGAGCACACUAGAACCCUCCAGCAGUGGCCGCUAAGACAUCUGAAACAUUUUAUCACACGUAAACCAGCAAAGAUGCUUAGACAUGAAGGAUCCUAAAAGGGCAUGCACUGAAUGGAAAAUCAAGAAAUUAAAACAAUUAACUCACGACUGAAAUGGAAGUUUUUACAUAGUAACAUUGUUUUCUUCUUAACGUUAUCACUUUUAUCCAGCGAUGGAAAUACCUGCUCUUGAAAACUGAACUACUGUAUUUAAUGAAAAGAACUCUUUUUCUCGAAUGUAAUCUAACUACUUUGUGUUUUUGAGCCUCUUGUCCAGAAACAACCAAACCAGUAACAGAACUUACUUCUUCAGUACUGUGGGGUUCAGGAAAAAUACUUUGUUUAUUAAAACUGCAGGCCAUGUGUACAUAGACACAGUCACAAGGGAGGUAUUAUGUAUGCAGUAGACUACUAGUGUUUAGUAAGAUCAUUUUAGACAAUACAAUAUGUUUUGUCACUCUGUUGGUUAUAAAGAAGCCUUUAUAGUUUUAACGCAUGCAGGCAUGUAAAUAUUUGUCCUGAAGUCACAGUAUUAAUUGAUAACAUUUUAAGAGUCUGGUGAAAAGAAAAAUUCAGCUGCUUUUAUUUGUUUAUUAAAUCUUUUAUGCCCUGAAUCAUCACUAGUAGGGUUAGUAUUUGGCUGAUCAGCAAGUUCAGACACCAGAAAUAUUUUUAUAUAAUUCUGUUCAUUUUUGAGUGAAAGUCUUUGAAUAAACAAACCCUAAACACUUGAUAUAUCCUUCCACUAAUAUUGAGUAUUGACCUGACAGCUUUCUGUCUACUCACUACUGUAUGGUAUGAUCACUGCCCAUCUACUUAUUGUAGCUGUACAAUGUAGUAUGAAAGGAAGGUUUUUUUUGUCUUUUUAAUGUGUUAAAUGAAACUACACAUUUUCACCAUGAGUAACUGGAAAUUAGAACAUAAUAUAAGUGAUCUGAAAAAUAAAUUUUUCACAUUUUGUAAUUUCUGUGUACCCCUUUAAAGACUGAGUUCAUAAAUUAGUUCUAGAAAGUGUAAAAAUUUUGGUUUCUACACAUAUCUAGUUUUAUGCACAUAAAAUGUAAUUUAUUUUGUUAUAAUGCAUUAAAAGUUGUUUUUAUUGUCAAAACUGAAAGUUUAUUCAUUUCAACUUGGUAAUAAGUAUUGUUUGUGUUAAAAACAACUGGAGCUUGUAAAGUCUUCCAUGAUGUACUCUGACAUAACCCUGUGCAAGAACCUGAGCUAUACAUUUCAAUUCACCAUUGUAAUUUUUAAAUAAAAUUAUUGUAUAUACAA